AGCUUCCGACUUGUCAGUAUGUGAGGUCACGUGGUACGCGCACGGACGGCCAUGUUUCCGAAACACAAACAACAAGAGUAGAGAGACUAGCGAGCCAGCGGACGACCAGACACCGAUACGCAGCAGCGACCCAAAUACAUACACAACACAGAGCACGACUUUGUCCAAAGUACCAUUUUUUGUCGAAUGAACACGUUUUACAGAGAUACAAGCGACCCAUGCAUACACUUGAGUGGCUGUAAACACAUCGUGCACAUCGAGUUUCACAGCUGAAAACAGUGAGGGAAAAAAGCACUAAAGUCUGAGGACGAGGAAGAGGGUUACCGGAAGGUUCUCUCUAUCCACAAUUCAGUUGGAGGGAGAGAAGGACAUUCAAAGGAAGAGAGAGAGAGAAAGGAAGGCGAGAAAGUCGCGCCUGCUAUUGGCAGCUGUUUCAGCAGCCUGAUUUCUUGUGGCUGUCAUAUUAGUUUCUUGUGUUACGUUAUUUUUUUUGAUGAAUCAGUUUGUAUUUUUAACUUCAAAGUGAUAAAACUGCUGUUGUCAAACAAAAAAAAGAAAAAAAUACAAUUAAUGCUAUCGAGAGUGUUUUAUUUUUCCAACAUUCAAUUCCAAGGAUUUUUUUUGAGUUUUCUUUUUUUCUCUUCGUAUUCGUUUUAACAAUCUUUUUGGGCUGUAGUAGUUGUAAGUAGCAGGAGCUUCCGAACUCCAAAACUCAACGUCAACUCCUCUUCCUUACCUGACUGUAAGACCGGACAACCUGGUAUUCCUCAAACACCUGCAACCUGGCAGCUAUUCGUUUUGUGUCUGUGUGUUUGGGGAGCGAGUUCACCACAGCUAAAGCACCACUCAGCCUUCUAGUCACCUAAGCCUAACUCAAGCCAGCGAUCCCUAGCCUGGUCCAGCCUGCUCGGACCACCUGGACAGGGUAAGAUACUCAAUUCUGUGCGGACGUGAGGAAUAUGACUGCUGAGACUCUUAACUUCGGCCCAGAAUGGCUUCGUGCACUGUCCAGUGGGGGGAGUGUGACAUCUCCCCCUCCUUCCCCCGCCAUGCCAAAGUACAAGCUGGCCGAGUACCGCUACGGCCGCGAGGAGAUGCUAGCACUUUAUAUCAAAGACAACAAGGUCCCCGAGGACAUGCAGGAUAAGGAGUUUGCUGCUAUUCUGCAAGAAGAACCCAUGCAGCCGCUGGCACUGGUGCCCCUCACCGAGGAGGAGCAGAGGAACUUCUCCAUGUCUGUGAACAGCGUGGCGGUGCUGAGGCUCAUGGGUAAAGGAGUGGGAGGCCCCGCCCCAGCCGGUGUGGUCCGGGGCCGAGGGGCCGCGAGAGGCGGUCGAGGUCGUGGGCGCGGAGAAGGCGGGUUCUACCAAAGAAGUAUUGAGGAGCCGGAGUUGGGCUUCGGUCGCAGCGUCCGGGAGAUUCACCGCAGCCAGAGCUGGGACGACAGCUCUGUGUCUGACGUGUGGACCCCCAGGGGCGAGCGCCGCUUCGAGAAGCCCCUGCGGCGCGAGGUGACGGGCCGGCCCGGCUUUGAGGAGGUGGCCGCAGUGGCCCCGGGGCCCGGCAGGAAGGAGCACACGCGGGCCGACAGCGACAACUGGCGCACCCUGCGGGAGGAGCAGGCGGAGGAGGAGGGCGGCGGCGGCGGCGGCGGCGGGGUCGGCGGCGUCGCCGUGGGUGGAGGAGGAGGAGGAGGAGGAGGCGGCGGCGGCGUGGAGCCGGGCAGCAACUGGAGGAUGGGCGUCUGCCGCAGGGACGGAACUUUUGAUCUAACCCCAUCAGACGGAGGUCCUCGCUCAGCAGGCUGGCGGGACCACAGCGCCCCGGGCGAGAGUCGGCGCAGGAAGUUUGACUUUGACUUCCGGGACUCUGAUGGGCGCGGCGGCGGUGGCGGCGGGCGGCGGCGAGCGGGCAGCGAGGGCAUGGAGGACGACCGGGACGGGCUCCCAGAGUGGUGCACAGACGAGGAGGAGGGAGACCUGGGCACCUUCGACUCCUCUGGAGCGUUCAUGCCCCUUAAGAAGGGAGGCAAGGACAUGAUCCUGGAGGAGGAGUUGGACUUCCAGGGCAUCGAGGAGGAAGAUGAGGAGGAGUUCCCCGCUGACUCUGAGAGGCCCAACAACUCCGGCGGUGAUAAAGAUAAGGAGAGCAAGGAGACCGGGUUCGGCGACCACCAGGGUAAACGCUCCCCACCUUGCUCCUCCCCCCCGAACCACAUGAACCCCGACUCCAAGGCUGGCGGCGCAAGGAUGGUUGUCCAAGACAACCCCCAGCAAACAAACAACCUGCCCCACAAAGGCAGUAACAUGUUGAACGACGCAGGUCCCGCGGGGUUGUCCAAGGUCCACGUGAGCCUCAGUAACAACGUGUCCAACAACGUCGGCCAUGCCCACGCCUCGGUCCUUCCCUCCCCCCCGCCCUCCUCUGCUGCUCCGCUCCUCCCUCCUGCAGGGGGAGACAUCGAGGACGACGAGGGCAUGAAGCACCUACAGCAGGAGGCGGAGAAGAUGGUGGCGUCGCUGCAGGACACGUCCCUGGAGGAAGAGUGCUUCACCCAGGCCCUGCAGCACCACCAGCACCACCACCACCAGCACCACCAGCAGCAGCAGCAGAGGCAGGAACAGCAGCAGCAGCAGCAAGACGGCCGCAACACGGCCGACGCACUCCCACUGGGCCACGAGGCCGCCAAGAAGUGGUUCUACAAGGACCCCCAGGGGGAGAUCCAAGGCCCCUUCACCACCAUGGAGAUGUGCGAGUGGUUCCAGGCGGGCUACUUUACCAUGACGCUGCUGGUGAAGCGUGGCUGCGACGAGGGCUUCCAGCCCCUCGGCGACGUCAUCAAGAUGUGGGGCCGCGUGCCCUUCGUCCCGGGACCCUCGCCGCCCCCGCUGCUGGUGAGGCAGCCCCCUCCCCCCCAGCGCCCACAGGCCACACAGAGGAGCUCCUCUGUGUCGGGUAACCUGGAGCAGGAGCGUCUGAAGAAGCAGCAGGAGCUGAUCUACCAGCAGAUCCAGCAACAGCAGCAGCUCUUCCAGCUCAUCAACAGGUGCAGUGAUCAGGGUAUGAUGCCUUCGAUGAACAGGUCGAUGUCAGUGCCAGAUACAGGGUCCAUGUGGGACAUGCAUACCUCAGCUUCUCAACCGUCGGGCGGAGAGGCCAGUCUUUGGGACUUAACAAUGAAUUCUUCUACUCAGGGUCCAACUCUCGAACAGCUUCAAAAGCAGGAGAGAAGAGAGGCUGAACUCAGGGCGAAGCGGGAGGAGGAGGAGCGCAAGCGACGGGAGGAGAAGAGGAGACAGGAGGAGCUAAAGAGGAGGGAAGAGGAGGACCUCUUCCGGCGCAAGCAGUGCCGACAGCAACAGGAGCUCAUCAUGAAGUUACUCCAGCAGGCCCCCCUGCAGCAGGGCUCCGGCGCUGGGGGCUCGGGCUGGGGAGGGCCCUCCUCCUCUGGGAUGGCCAAGUCAGGAAAGCCCCCGGCUCUCACCUUGCUGGAGAUGCACCAGGAGGCCGAACGCAUACUGAAGCAGCAGCGGGUCCAGCAGCAGAGAGACAGGCACUCCGGCAUGCCCAUGGGCUCCUCCUCCAUGGGGGGCCAGUGGGCGGACGGUGUGGGCAUGUGGGGCGGCCCGGGGGGCAUGGACUCCAAGGCCCCCGGGGGAGGCUCUUCCGGCGGGAUGGGCAUGUGGGACGAGGCGGUGAAGAACCAGGGCAGUCUCCGUGGCAACAACAACAUGGGCAUGAAGAACAGCCGCAGCAGCCCGUCGCUCAGUGACCAGUACCUGAUGCGGCGCAAGCGGACGGAGGACGAGGACAAGCUGCUGAAGCUCCUCCAGGGCAUGAAGCCCCAGGACGGCUUCACCACCUGGUGCGAGCAGAUGCUGCACGCCCUCAACACCUCCACCAACAACUCCUCCUCCUCGCUGGAUGUGGCCACCAUCGUUGCGUACCUGAAGGAGGUGGAGUCGCCCUACGCUGUGCUGGACUUCAUCAGGUCCUACCUGGGCGACACCGUGGAAGCCAAAGAGUUUGCCAAACAGUUCCUGGAGCGCCGUGCCAAACAGAAAGCUAACCAACAGAGACAGCAGCAACAGUUAUCAAAGGAAGUUGCUGGAUUGAACAUGAACUUCCCACUGCAGGACUCCAUGCGCGGUAUGAACCCCGGCGCCCUGCAGUCCAUGUUCCAGAACACCCACAUGGGCAAGGCUGGUCUCUAUGACAACCAAGGAGGGAAGAUGAAGAAGAAACAGCCCAUGAUGCUGCAUUCUGACCCCAGCAUUUUAGGCUACUCAUUCCACAACACGGGCGAGUGUCUGAGCCUGAAUGAAAUGGAGAUGGAGGAUUACUGAGGCCGUGAGGCGCGCGGCAGCAGCAGCAGCAGCAAUAGCUACCUGAGGCCUUCCUGUCUUUUAAUCAGACAAACCAGAUGACGAAUGUGCACUGCUGGGGGACACCGGGGGUGGGGGGGGGGGGGUUAAGUGGGGGAGGUCAAAGGGUGAGGCGGUGCAAACUCCUCCGCCUCACUUUCCUCCUCAUUCUCCUCUUCUCGUAGAUUGUUGAAAUGAAAAAAAGGGCUCUGUGAUGCACUGGGUGAGUCACUUGAGCGAGGGGGAGACGGGGAUAGGAGACGGGGGAGUGAAUUACAGAAAGAUGGUAUCCUCUGGCACUCAAAAAAAGAAUAAGCACCUUAUACUGAACUAAUGCACUUUAUUGAGACGGGAUUUGAAUAGGGUUCGUUCGUUGUUGUUUUUUUAUUUUUAUUUUUUAUUUUUUCUCGUUUUAUUUGUUCGGAAUCAAUGCACAUGUGUCGGGUGUGUGCGCGUGUGUGUGAGUGCGCGCGCAUGUGGGCGUGCGUGUGUUGGCUGUACACAGCUGGGGGCCACCCACGUGCAAGGCGGGGGCGGGAACUGGAAGGGGCGGUGGGUGAGCUUCACGUGCGUGCGGACGGUCCAGACGAUGGGCGACUUUUUUCAGGGGGACCUUGUUUGGUUGAACCUUAUCAGAAAGCAAAUCCUUUCUCAAACAAAAAAAAAACAAACACUGUUGAUAUUUCUCUUGUUCAGCAUUUUUUUUACAUUUAUAUAUAAAAGCUAAAGCUAUUGAAAAAUGGAUAAUAAAAAACUUGAAGAUUUGCACUUGCCUAAAAAAAAUAUGAGAAAAAAAACUACAAAAAAAUGUUAAACAAAUGGGGUUAGUUAUAGAGAUAUUUUUUCGUGAAUGUGGAAGUGUGUGUGUGUGUGUGUGCGUGUGUGUGACCGAGCGCAAGCGGUUGUGUGAUAUGGUUGGUGUGUGAUCAAGUACUAUACCAGUCUGCACAAUGUUGUUUUUUGUUUGUUUUAUUUCAUUGCUUACCAAGAUGUAUGAACUAUAAGAGGCCAUUUUUAUUUUUUUGUCUUUCAUUCAGAUAAUUCUUUUUGUAUUCUCAUGUGUAGAAUGUGUGUUCCCCUUUCAUUUUUUUUUACCAAUCUGGGGAGGGGGGGGGACAUUGCUUUGAAUGCAUGGCGAUUCAAUGAGUGAGUGAAUGCGUUAACGGAUGGAUGGGUGACUGCAUGCAGCAGAGGGGAGGGGGCAAUUGCACAACACAUUGUUUUUUUCACCAGCUCUCCAGCCCUCUCCAGAUGUAACCAGUCAUUUGCUAACGUUAGCUUUUUCUUCGCGCUCAUCUGAUUGUCGAACCACCACUUUAGUUUGUAUGUAUCCCCCCACCCCUCACACCCCACUCUGGCAACUGUCUUCAGAAACCUGAGGGGAGUGACGGGACUGGGCAAAUCAUGAGGGACAUUAUUUGAUGUGUGAAUGAGACAUGAGCGUGUGCGUGCGCCUGUGUUCAUUUACUGUUAGUACAAUUUAGUUACGACUACAGGUACACAAGGGUGUAUGAGUGUGAUGAAGAGAGAGGGUGUGCAUGCCCUUUUUUUGUAUGCGUAUGAAUGCACAUUUGUGCCUAAGAACUUGGAUAGGUUGAGUGGCCAUUCAGACAUUAACCUUUUUGAGAGAUCGAUUGUGUGCGUGUGUAUGUCUGUUGGUGCUGAGCACAGCGUAUGUCAAAAAAACAAAACAACAAAUGUACGUGACUUUAUAUCGUAAACAUUUUCUAGUCCAUUCUGGGAGGGGAGGGGCGUUCUGAGAAGGUUAGUCUCGUCUGAUUAUGAUGUGUUUUUUUUUUUUGUUUUUGUUUUCUGGUGUGCGAUCGCGUUGCCUUUCGUCAGCUCAGCUCGAACUUGUGAAUGAAAGAAGUCGAGCGUUCUGACGUUUCCGAUAAAAGAGAAGAAAAGCAGAAUACAGCAUCUUGGCGUGCGCGUGUGCACCCCAGGGUGCCCGUGGUGUUCGCAUACUGUGUUAAUUCGUUGUUGCAUUUGAUAAUGACGAGUUUUUCUUUUUUUAAUGAAAAAUAUAUAUGAAUAUAUACAUUAUAUACAAAGUUUAAAAAAAGUAUUUGGACUACGAUAAUGAGCACUUGGGGCUGCUAUUUUUGUUGUUUAUUAUGAUUUAACUAUUUCCUUUUUUUUUUUUAUUACCGCCAGGUGAAGUGCGUUUGUAUUAUUUCUUUCUUAAGAAAAUAUUGAAUGUAUUCCAAAAAAUAUGGCAAGAUAACCGUGCUGAUACCAGAUAUAUUUUUUUUGUUCUUUUGUCAAAAGAUUUCAAAAAUGUAAACCUACAAAAAAAAGCUUCAAAGACAUGCAAGGUCUUUCUCUUUUUUUAAACAAAGGAAAAAGAAGGAAGAGAGAAAAAAAAAACUGGCAACUGAUACAGUUGAACAUACUGCCUCUACAAUCCUGGUCGUACUAACGGAGACGAUUUAAUUCAAAGAAAGGACUUUCUAUUCCAUACUAGAGCUGUGGUCGUUUACAACCCGCAUGGAUUUCCGUGGGUGGAGUUUUACUUUAUUUUUGUUCAGUUUGACUUUACUUUCUUGUUUUCUUUUCCCUGUCAUGGGUUGGGCUUUGCAAGUGUGCUUCUGCCAUCGAGACAUUGACUGGUGACGCUUUGAAAAAAACACAGAAUCCCAAUAAGACAUUAAGAAUUAUAUAUGUAUAUAAAUAUAUAUAUAGAUAUAUUGGACUCCUGUUCGCCUUGGUCGUUCUGAAGAGGAGGAGGAGGAUGAGACUUAACGAUCAACAUGGAGCUGUGUUGGGAGGGGACAACGGCAGAAACAAAUCAAAGAUUGUCUUCAUUUUUUGUGAAGAGUGCAGACCUGAAGCCAGUCACGGAGUGGGGGGUCGGCAGUGCGGCGGUUAAGAGAGGCGGUCUUAGGAUGGCGGUCCCGCCGGCUCCGCCUCCCCCUCCGCCCUCACGAAGGCACUCGCCCUGCCCUCCACAACUCACCUAUGCACUUUUUGUUCAGACAAGCUGUGAGGUACCGAUUUGGGGACGGGGAGCACAAUUUCAAAAAAAGACAACUAACAGGAGGUUGAACAGCCCGGGGCUUUCCUCGGGUGAAAAAAAACGAGAGAUUCCCAACUUUAUGAAAAACAAGAGACUUGACAAAGAAGAGCAUCUUCUUACACCUCCUGUACAUACUUAUUUUUUUAAUAACCUUUUGAGAGAGCGGGUGAGAAAAAAAUACGAAAGAACGGAUGAAGGAAAAUUCAUGAGACAUUGAGAGUAAUGAAUGUUCUUCGACUUAACCAACCCCCUUUUUCCUUUUUGAUUUCUAGUCUACGAUAAACGCGAUUUUUGUGAAGGGGAUCUCUUUAUACGUCUGCUUUCCCUGCUUCUAUAGAGCAAGAGAAUGAACGAAUGAAAGGGAGAGAGACGGCACCACUUAGACUGAAGGGUUCUGGGGACAUACUGUAGUGCCCCGCCCCGCCCCGCACCGGGAAGGUGACCCGUCUGGUCGUCUGGAAGGGUCGCCCCACAGAGGAGGUGCUGUUCAACACAGGCCGCCCGCAGGCCGAGGGCUCUCGUCCUGCUCCUACAGACCAGAGGAAGAGCUACGGGACGAGAGGGGGGGCGUGAUUGAAAGGCGUGGGGUGGGUUAGGGGCCCUCCACCUACCGCCUCACCUGCCCGGAGUAACGGGAUUGGAUCAGCUGGAAAGAAACCGUGAUGUUGGGUUGCGGUCCAGUGGCUGUUAAGAUGCGAGCCACCCUUUAGGAAGAUCCACUGGCCGCCCUGGUAUUAAAGCCCUCCUAAACCGAAGACCACCCCACCCCGACAUGUUGACCGUGAACCGGACUAAUCAUUGGCUUUGUAAAGACCGGCCACCGGGUCUCAUCUGUGAUGGUGCUAGUCGAGGUCUCGGGACUUGAACCUCAGGCCGAGUCCGGAACGCAGGAGACGCCAAGAAUGGACGUCUUUUACAUUUCUUUUUCAAAUUGAGGCUGGGGUGGAAUUCUUCUUCCGUGACCCGGAGAAGACGGGUGUGGGGGACGGAUGGCGGUAGGUGUGGAGGUCUUCCCCACCCUAGGGAAGCGACUUGGGGACGGGCGGGUCGGGGUCUUGUGUUCGGUGGACUUUGUGUCAUAACAUCCUGGCUGGCUUAGAUACCGGCCGAGCUGAACUGUUGUAUAAAACAAUAAUAAUGUGUACAAAAAGAUGUUAACAAAAAAAAGCAAGAGACUUCUCAACGGGACUUCGGGUCCCUUUAGUUCCUUGGUUUUUACACUGAUUUACAUCUAGGUUCUGUUGACACAAACACUCAAACACACACCAUUUACACUUAAUCUCACACAAAUACAUUUACACAUAAAACAUUUACCCAUCCCCCACAUACCACUUACACAUCUCAAACAAAUACACUCACACACAUAAUUUAAUCAGCUCACACAAUUAACACAUCUCAAACAAACACCCACACAUCUCUCAAACACAACAUUUGUACCUCUAAAACAUCGCACACAAAAUAUAAAUCUCACACACAUACAUUUACACAGCCCACACACACACAUACCAUUUACACAUCUCACAUACCAUUUACACAUCUCAAUCACAUAUCAUUCACACAUCUCAAACACAGACAUUAAAACUCAUACAACAGUAAUUGCAACAAAACCCGUAAAAGCAGAGGCGCUUGCUAGAUAUAAACCGAAGCAUUGUGCUUUGUAAAUAAUGUAAAUGUUAUCGUGUUAUUUUUCUUUCUCUUUUUUCAUUUUGUUUCCUUCUCUCCUAGUAAGUUUCUGUUCUGUUAAGUAUUUGUUCAACAUGCCUUAAAAAGUAAGAAAUUCCUGGAUGGCAAAUUGAAAAUGUUCCUCGGAACGAUUGACAAAUUUAAGUUUGAAAUCACCUUGACAAUUAUUUUAGAUUUUUGUUAGGAGAUGGAAGAAAACAUGUCAAAACUAGUGACUGUUUGUUGGUUGGACAACAUAACAUGACACAACACAACAUGUUGUCUGUGCCAUGUUAACAAGGGACUUUGUACAUUUGGCCAGCAUCGUUUGGGCUAUCAUGGCAAACUGUCCCUUUUUAAUUUCUGAUUCGGGAGAGGGUUAUCGGUGGCAUUAAUUCCAUUGUUUCUAUGUUUUUAGUUUUCUUUCUUGUUUUCCUUUAUUAAAUACGAUUUUUUUUUUGUUCCAUUUUCCAAUGUUGGGAACACAGUCGUGAAGGUGCAUGCCUGUGAUUGGCUGCAGUGUGUACAAACACGAGCUGCGCUGAUUGGGCGAUGACAGACGGAGAGAAACAUCAGAGGUUAGAACUUGGAAAAUGGACAGAAAAUACAUGUACAUAGUUUGGGUUUUGUUUGAAUAAUGAAUACUAAAUAAAAUGGCAUUUAACCUUGA